AUGCUGAAGUUGCUGCUGCUCUGCGGGGCUCUGGGCUGCGGGGCCGGGAGCGACGCCCCGCUCGCCUUCACCAUGCUGCAGUGGACGCAGGUGUCCAAGGGCAGCUCCGUCUUUUGGGGCAACGCCACGCUGGACGGGCGGCUCAGCCACAUCCUGGAGGAUCACAACGUCACUCAGGUGCUGCCCCUGGUGCCGCCCGCAGCUUGGGCACAGCAGCGGGACAUGGUGACCAACUACCUGAGCUACUUCAGCGGCAUAGUGCAGGUCUUCAGCAAGGAGAGGCCCCUCAACUACACCCAGAUCCUGCACUGCCGCCUGGGCUGCUGCCUCUUCCCCAACGGCACGGCCCACAGCUUCUACGAGGUGUCCCUCAAUGGAACAGCCUUCCUCACCUUCCACGUCCCCACCGCCACCUGGGAGCUCCGCUGGCCACGCAGGGACCCGGUGGCCACUUUUGCCCGGCAGGAGCUGAUGAAAUACUCUGAGACCACGCAUAACCUACAGCACUUCCUCAACACCACCUGCGUGGACAUCCUGCGGGCUCAGAGCCCUUACACAGGGAAGCAGAGAGGCCGCUCGCACGCCCCGCUCGUGCUGGGUCUGAUCCUGGGGGUCUCCGCGGUGGUGGGUAUGGCUGUGGGCAUCUUCUUGUGCACAGGAGGGAGCUGCUAGCAAAGCCAUGGCUGUCCUGGGUCACUCUGCGGGCACAGGGGACCAACCCUGCAUCACCCCAUGGGGAUCCCAGCUGGGACGGUUCCCCUGCCCCAGGGAUGGGGCUCACAGCGCACCGAGGCGUGGAACCACGCUUGGCCUGGAUGCACGAAAUGCAGAGAGGGGUGAAAGUCAGAAGAAAGCCAAAAAGGGUGAAGAAGGUUGGUAUUCAGACCGUGAUUCAUCGCCACUCUGGGGUGAAAGGGGAUGGAUGCCUGGAGGACAGAUGUCACAUCUGGGAAAGGACCCGUCGGUGGCCGUCCAUCUCCAUGUUGAACAGCCCUGCUUUAGGGCCUGGUGCAAUAAAGCCCUUCUGCCCCCAGACUUGUGUCACACUUUCU